AUGGCCUAUCUCAGUAUGCUUCAGCAGCCCGCGCAUCCACCACAUCCGACGCCAUUUCCACGCGACACCGGUCCGACAGACAUGCGCAAGCGGCCACUGUACCCCUCCGACAAGCCAGUUCCAAGAGCAAUCCAGCCCCGGCCACCAGGACCACCACCCAGCGCCGCCUCAUACGGCAGCGAAAGUGGUUCAUCCGCCCAACUCUCGCCCAGACUAGAUAUCGGCGAAAAGCCCCGCAAACGAGGUCGACCCAGCAAAGCAGAGACAGAGCGACGCAAACUACUCGCCGAAUCCCGCGGCGAGCCCUACCCUGCGCCAUCACGACGACCACCUCGAAAAGCUCCCUCACCAACCAGUCCCGUCCCACCUGUGUUUCCGACAAGUUUCCAAAAACCGCCUCAGAUUCAACCUCCACCUCAAACUCAAGCUCAGAUUCAAGCUGCGCAUCCCCAUGCGCAAGCGCACGCUCAACCCCAGCCCCAAAUGCAAGUUCAACCUCAAUCUCAGUCCCAGGCCCAACCGAUCUAUGAAAUGCGCCCUGUGGAGGGCCGCGAUAUUCAACGUAACAUGAUGCGCGAACUACCUCGACCCACGGAAAUGGGUCACCCACUUCCAUCACCUCACGCACUGCAACUCGGUCCUCCAGAUGCUUUCCCUAGAUCCAACCCCGAGCGCAAUUAUGGGUUCUUUGAGCGCUCAGAUGGGCGUCGAGACUCGGGUAGUCGACCGGAGCAUGAAGCAGAGAAACCGCGAUGA